UCGCUGGCCCGGCAGCUCGUGUGUGUUCGCUGGGGGAAUAUCAAACAACACGGUGGGGGUCACCGAACGCUUUCGUCGGUUGCCACCGCAGCGAGACCCCGGCAGAGGAAUACCGAAGAUGGCUCUCCGCUAACCCGAGCCUCGUGUUGCCGUGUUUUAGUCGCUGGAUUUAGCUCCACAACGACGGCUCGCUGGGCGCUAACGUUAGCAACCGCGGCUAGCUAACGUCACUGGACUGGUAGUCUCUCUUCUCUCUCUUCUCUCUCUCUCGCGCGCGCGCUGCUCUCUUUGCUGCGGCUAUGUUCGUCCAGGAGGAGAAGAUAUUCGCCGGGAAAGUGUUGAAGAUACACAUCUGCACCAUGGACGGUGCGGAGUGGCUGGAGGAGGUCACGGAAGACACCACUGUGGAGAAACUGAAGGAGAAGUGCUUAAAACAUUAUGUACACGGAAGUCUAGAAGACCCCAAAACACUUACCCACCAUAAACUCAUACACGCUGCUACAGAACGAGUCCUCACAGACAACAAAACUGUCGCUGAAGAAAAUCUCAAAGAUAAAGAAGUUUUGCUGCUCAUAAAGAAAAGACCGCCACCGACCCCUCCAAAGAUGGCAGACGUUAGUUCAGAUGAAAAGAAGAAACAAGAUAACAAAGCUCCGGACGAAGAUGCAAUUCUAAACGCCACCGGCAACCUGUCCACGCGCCACACCGACCGCACUGUGACCCAGCACAACAUCAGAGAUUUUCAGACGGAGCUCAGAAAAAUCCUUGUUUCUCUCAUUGAAGUUGCCCAAAAGCUUCUAGCCUUGAACCCUGAUGCUGUUGAACUUUUCAAAAAAGCCAAUGCGAUGUUAGAUGAAGAUGAAGAGGACCGGGUGGAUGAAACGGCCCUUCAGCAGCUCACUGAAAUGGGUUUCCCUGAGAGCAGAGCCAUCAAAGCUCUUAGAUUGAACCACAUGUCAGUCACUCAGGCGAUGGAGUGGCUAAUCGAGCAUGUAGAUGACCCCACUGUAGACGCACCAAUACCAGGAGGCCAGGACUCGUCUGGGGCGGCAGGAGCCACGGCUGCCACCCCACCAGGCCCCUCAGUGCCAGCCCCCGGUCCCAACCUCCUCCACAGCCAGUCCAGCCAGUCGAGCACAGAGGAGAGCAUCAGGCAGGACGAGCUCACAGAGAUCUUCAAGAGGAUCCGCAGGAAACGGGAGUUCAGACCAGACUCGAGAGCCGUCAUUGCAUUGAUGGAGAUGGGGUUUGAUGAGAAGGAGGUGGUUGAUGCUCUGAGGGUGAAUAACAAUCAACAGGAUGCUGCGUGUGAGUGGCUCCUGGGAGACAGGAAACCUUCCCCGGAAGAUCUGGACAAAGGCAUCGACACCAACAGCCCGCUGUUCCAAGCCAUUCUGGAGAAUCCAGUGGUCCAGUUGGGUCUCACCAAUCCUAAGACCCUGCUAGCGUUUGAAGACAUGCUGGAGAACCCUCUGAACAGCACCCAGUGGAUGAACGACCCCGAGACCGGCCCUGUCAUGCUCCAAAUAUCCAGAAUCUUCCAGACCCUCAAUCGCACAUAGAGCUUCCUGGUGACCCCCCCGACCCCCCGUGUGACAGGCAGCUUGUGUGUGUGGGUGUGUUUUUGACCAUAUUGGUGUGGAUGUGUGUGUAUCCGAGUGGCAGAGACACGAGUAUUGUUUUUGCCUUGUAAAGACAACGCUGGAGGAGUCUGAGUAUGAAUUAAGAUGUUCCACAUAUAACUAUUUAUAACAGUACAGUAAAAACACUUAUACAAAACAAAUGUUAACGUAAACAUUAUUACAGUAAUAAUAAUUGAAAAAGAGAGAGAUUUAGUAUGUUGUUUUUACAUUUUAAAAUGAGAAACGGUUUAUAGUCAUGACAGACAUGAUUUAUUUUAUAUGAUUUCUCCAUGUGCAGAAAUGACAUCAGACAUCAAUUUAAUGUUUACACUUCAAAGAGAACUGUUUUUGUAAGUUUUUCAAUAUUUAAAUAUCAAUUACAGUUUUGUCUGUCUUUAAAUUGUUACAUUUCAUCUGUGGUGAACGUGUGAAAAGAAGAAAAAAAACCUU